AAUGAGCGAGGGGAUUUACUUUUAUUUUCACUAUCAGUCAUGCUGGUUAGCUGUGUACAUGACAUAUGUUAGCUUGCUAAUGUCACAGCGUUCACAUAAUGCUAACGUCCCGCUGAACAACGUUACCUGCUCCCGGGCUGAUACGGAGUCGUCCUCCAGACAGUGCAGGACAGCCUCUGUUUGACUUCUUCACCCAGGAUGGACCCCUGCGAGGAGAACGUGUAUGAGACCCCAGACUUCACCUACAGUAACCAGUUGUCAGGUAUAUAUGACAUGACCUGCGAGGUGCCACAUAAGGAGCCCUCAGACCUGACAGCACAGUACGAGAACACCAGACGGGCCAUAGGAACAAUACCAGAUCCGCCUUCUCUCCCACCACCUCGCCAUCCCAACGAGGAGAGGCGAGGCAGUUCAUCCUCUUCCUCAUCCUCCUCGUCUUCUUCACACGUUGAGGAUGAAGAGAAAGGGGAGAUGGAAACCUGGAAUGGGGAGGAGGAGAAGAAAGAAGAAGAGGAGAAGAUAGAGGUGGAGGAGAAAAGCAAAGAGCUGAAUUGGGAAAGGGGCUCUCCAGAAGCGAAGGUGGAUUCGAGGAACUCAUCACACAGGUCCUCAUCUUCAUCGUCAUCUUCGUCAGCCUCUGAGAAGGAAGAAGCUGAGGAGAAGCCAGAGCAUAAAAAGGAUGAAACAAAGGUCACACUUUUUGUCAAGGCUGGGAGUGAUGGGGAGAGCAUUGGAAACUGUCCAUUCUCUCAGCGCCUCUUCAUGAUCCUCUGGAUGAAAGGAGUAGUCUUUAAUGUCACCACUGUUGACCUCAAGAGGAAACCGGCUGACCUCCACAACCUGGCCCCAGGGACAAACCCGCCCUUCCUCACCUUUCAGGGGGAGGUUCUCACUGACGUCAACAAAAUAGAGGAGUACCUGGAGGCAAAGCUGGCUCCACCAAAGUAUCCCAGACUUGCAGCAAAGAACCGUGAAUCCAACGUAGCAGGAAUCGACAUCUUUGCCAAGUUCUCAGCUUAUGUCAAAAAUACAAGACCAGAUAAUCAUCCACAUUUAGAGAAGAGUCUAAACAAGUCCUUGGCUAAGCUGGAUGAGUAUCUGAUGAGUCCGCUACGUGAUGAGGUUCCGACGGGACCGCACAGCGGCAAGGGAGAAUCUACUCGCAAAUAUCUGGACGGAGACGAAAUGACAUUGGCAGACUGCAACCUUCUGCCCAAACUUCAUGUCUUCAAGGUGGUUGCGAAGAAAUACCGAAACUAUGACAUCCCGUCUGAAUUCAGAGGGGUAUGGCGUUAUCUUGGCAAUGCCUACAGCCGAGAUGAGUUCACCAACACAUGCGCAGCUGACGUGGAAAUCGAGCUAGCCUAUAAGGAUGUAGCCAAGAGGCUGGGAAAAUGAACGGGUCCCAACAACAGUCACUAUUGAACCUUUCUCUCUUUUUGGAAAACCAAGCGAGUCAUACUUCUGAUACACAUUACAUACAAUCUUGACACAGGAUGUUAAAAAAAAAGAAGCCCAUUCAUGACUGACACAUCUACUGUGCAGUAUUCCCCCACAGUCCUGGAUGCUAGGAUGCUGGAAUUUAGACUACCAUUAGCGGUUUUAACGUUAACAAACAAGUAUGUCAGCUGAGCAGCCAAAUAGGGUUAUGUUAGAACAAAAUGAACAGCCUGAGCUUACUUUUUUUUUCAUCAUACUCAGACGAACUAGCUUUAUGCAGCAAUACAACAACAAUGUUAUUUCUGUGAGGAAGUAUCUUGAAAUUGUGUUUUCAAACAACUAAUGGGGCUAAUGUUAACUGACUAAUAUAACUAGCUACUUUCAGUCUCUAGUGUCGUUUUAGUUGGUUAAAUCAGCGGUAGACGGAUAAAAACAAGGAGCCUGCUGUUGUCUCCUUCUGUCUAAAAUCAAAAAAAUACAGUAAAAAUAAAAAUCUGCCACCAUUUAUCAUUGUAAACUGCAUGGAUGCUGUGCCAGAAUGUACAGCUUGACAGGCUUGGCAAGAGUAGGUGGUGGGUCUUAAUGAAAAAAUGACGGGAAUGAAUAAGAUUCUGUUGGUGACAGUAGAUCUCCGUUCAGCCAAUGAUUGUUUUCUCCUGAGCUUUACUAAAGAAUUACCUAUUUUUGGUGACAGUUAAUCUGCUAAUUAAACUAAUAAUUUCAUGUCAUGAAUUGCUUUUACAUACUGUGUGUAAUAGCAAAGGGACACAUAAAGUGGGGUCUGAUUAUUUUACCUGUCCUUUUUUUCUUGCAGGGUUAAAACUGAAAGACCAGACAACGUUGUUGGAAAAUAAUGUUAAAAAUUUGUUUCAGCCAAAGUAGUUUUUUAUUUGGGGCAGUGUCAGCUUUGUGGACUUUAGAGAUUUGAUGUCGCCUUCCUUUUCUUAAUUUGGCAAUGACUGACCAGACAAAUUGUACAUUUUUUGAUCUGUUUGAACUGUGUAAUAAAAAAAUUGAAUAUUUUCUCAUUGGAGAUCACAUCCCUUUUAAAAUACAAUUUUCAUUACUUCUACAGUCUCACACCACACUUUACAACCCCAUUCUUAUACUGUUAAUACACUGUGUACUUUAGAUUAAAACUUUAUAUUCAAACUGAUAAAUAAAGCUAUAAUGAAUAGAAACAAACCAAGUUUAACCCAGCUGUUAUGUUGACAUGUUAUUUAGUGCAAACUGAUGGCAGCGAAUGUAAUUUUAAUCACGAGUGCCUUAGUGGGAAUCAAGCUCUCCUCUGCCCUCAGCUCUUUAUGUUUGUACAGGAAAUUGUAUGUAUUUGAAUAUAAUAUGAAUGUCAAUUAUUGAGGUCAUCAAAGGACUUCUCAUGCCCUAUGGAGCUGUAUGAUAGUAAAAUAACUAAAUAUGUCUUUAAAUGAUUAUAGCUCAACUAUAUUCGCAUUCUUUCUGAUGAUUAGAAUAAUAAACCCACGGUGUAUAUGUCACUUAUUUGAAUAAUAAAUCUAUUUUCUCAGAGA